UCUCCUAAACAUGCGGCGUGCUUGAAGCAGCCAUGCAAUCAAUUUCUCGUCACAUAAACUGUUCGAUUUGUGGACGUAAUUAAAAUAAUUUCGUCUCAAUCAAAUUUACUUUUCAGCUGCUCUUAAAAUUCAAAUUGCAUAGUGUGUUCUGUUGCGCGAGCUUCCCACACGCGACGUCAAUAUUGUACAGAUUCCGCUGUUAAUAAAAUAAUAUCAUGUCCCCUGCGAUUUUAUUUUUCAAACAAUUUUCGUUUUAUUAUCUGGCUAUCAGAGCGAGUUUGUUCGAUCUCUAGAAAUCAGCAAUUUGACGGUAAAUUCUGCCGGCGAAAAGCUGCAAAUUCUUAGGGUUUUGCCCGGAGUUUAUCGGUGAAGUUCGGGUUACGAUUCGUCAUGUAAAAAGAAAAAUUUAAUGCGCAUCAAUCAAACAUAUGUACAACAGGCAGAACUCUGAAUGUAUAUAGCCCCUGCCAUUGCUUGUACACGCUACUUGUAAUACCUAACCACAAGCAUCCCUAAAAUAUAAUUUUUUUUAGGACACCUGUGUCUCUACAUCUCAGUCUUGUGGCAGCAUUAGCACCCGGACUAGCAUUAACACUAACUCGCAUACAAAUUUGGGGAUGCCGCCUUAUAUUGCUCGUGCAACUUCAAAGGUAUGGAGAAGAAUAAGUAUGGAAACAAUGGUAGAAUUGCCACUCUUCCUUGAAAGAUGGAAAUUUCUACUGUUCGGUCUUCUAUGCCAGUAUCUUCAUGGUUUAGCUGCUCGAGGAGUUCAUUAUCUACAUCAUCCUGGGCCAACUCUUCAAGAUGUUGGGUUUAUGGUUAUUCCCGAACUUGGGCAAGAGAACGCCUACAUCAGUGAGACACUUUUCACCAUUGUCUUUUUUACCUUCAUCUUAUGGACUUUUCACCCUUUCAUAUGCCAUAGCAAGAAGUUCUACACGGUGCUUUUAUGGUGCAGGGUAUUGGCAUUUUUGGUGGUUUCACAAUUCUUGAGAGUUAUCACAUUCAUGUCAACUCAAUUGCCUGGUCCUAAUUAUCACUGUCGUGAGGGUUCAAAACUUGCUCGUCUUCCUCGCCCUGAUAGUAUACUCGAAGUACUUCUGAUAAAUUUUCCACGUGGAUUUAUCUAUGGUUGUGGAGACUUAAUUUUUUCAUCGCAUAUGAUCUUCACCCUGGUUUUUGUACUCACCUAUCAAAAGUACGGAACAAAAAGGUGGAUCAAACAGAUAGCUUGGUUGGUGGCCAUUAUACUCAGCCUUCUGAUAAUAGCUUCUCGCAAGCACUACACUGUUGAUGUUGUUGUUGCGUGGUACACUGUUAAUCUGGUGGUCUACUUUGUUGAUCGGCAGUUGCCAGAAGAAGUGAUGGAACGGUCUGGUCCUGGUGGUUCACUACCCUUAAUAUCUAUAAAUGGCAGAGACAAAGACAGCAGAACAAAAGAAGAACACCAUAAGCUCAUGAAUGGAAAUUCUGGGGAUUCACCUGAUAGGAGGCAGAGGUCCCAGGUGAAUGGGAAGUUCCUUGAAGACGGAAGUCCCAUUGUUUCUGAAAUCAUCAUUAAUGGAACUUGAAGAGUGUAUUUGACAUGUCAUUUAUGUUUGGGAAAGUGCUCAGGAAGCCGUGGAUGCAAAUUUCCAUGUGACAAGCUGAUAACUCUUACCCUUCAAUCACCAGAGUAGCAGGUGACAAGAAAUACUGCAUAUUCUGAUAUGUUUAUUUCUAGGAAACGAAGGUUUCCUUGAUGAUGUGCAUCUUUGGCUUCAGAAGCUCCAAUGAGUUAAGGCCUUAUUUGCAAUUUGUAUUUUAUUCUGCUACUGGGUUUUGGGUCUUAUGUGUUAACGUUUUCCUUUAUGCUUUAUAAAUUAUUUUAUGUAAAAAUGCAUUUUUUUGAGCAAAAGCUAGCAUUGGUUAAAUGCUCAUUCUUCUUCA